AGAGAAAAGAAAAAGAAUGAAUUUCGUGGCCUUAUUCGUGUUCAAUCACUUAGUCGUCGUCUUGUCUUGCAUCUGACCCAGUUGCAGAGUGGCUCUCUGGUUCUCUCGGCGGAAGAGUGAGAGAAAGAGUGAGAGAGAGGAACUGCUGCACCACGAGUGAGAAAAAAAAGUGAAGAACGCUAUAUAGCACGCUUGAUACUGGAGAACUGCGACCAUUUUCAUGGACAAUCUCUCCCAUUCUCGCCUUCCCAACAGGGGUUCUACCUCGCUUUCUAAGAAAAUCUGCAAUGGCGGUCAUGGCGCCGGGCAUUUUGCAGCUCAAACUAUCUAUGAUGACGUUUAUGGCGGUCCUCCCAAGUUUGGAGUCUCUGCUUUGUCUCCUCGCUUCGAAGACUACGGUGAGAUUUUCGGGAGCUUCCACGCCCUCCGUGCUUCCUCGAUUCCGAUUCUCGAUCUUCCAGCUGUCGAUGAAUCCGAGGUCUUUUUCGACGCUCGGAGCUCUGCAUUUGACUAUGCGGAGGUUUUUGGAGGAUUCGAUGGUCUGGAUUUUGCGAUUUCUUAUGAGGAACUGGUUGGUCCGUCCAGACGCGUUGACGAUGCUUUUUCGGACGAAGCUUGGACUCCAGCAGGAACUGAAUCUUUGUCAGAUUGUUCGGACCAUUCCGGAAAUUCUCGUUGUAUGUCAAAUGGAGACUCUAAUCAGUCAUGUGAUGGAAGCACUGAGUUUUGCAUAUCGUACAGCAAGGUUAACAGCGAAAACAUUGGACAUAUAUCAAAUGGGAAGAUACACGUAACCCAGUUGGAGAUGCUUCCUGGACACUCAUAUCUGGUUGAUGAAGCAAAUCCCUCACCCAAGGGAACAGAUGGUGAUCCAUCACUGCUGACCAAUGAUGAUAACUAUCUCAAUAUAGAUUUUGAUACAGGAAAGGUGAAGGGAAAACAUCCAAGGAACACUAGGCCACCCCCAGUGGACGGUAAUGGCUCUGGACCAUUAUUAGAGGAUAACCUUGUUUCUCAAAAUGGAUAUGGUAGAGGUGUUUGUCGUUCUCAUGAGGAUUUCAUAAGCGUAUCUGAAAUAAGCCUUAGAACUGAGCCCUCUCAAGUGCCACCACCUUCUCGACCACCUCCCAAGUUUGCUACCAAGAAGGGGGACUCCACGAAAAUGACUUUGAGUUGUGGAGAAGCUGCUUCUGAAAUAAUUCCGGAUGAUCGUACUCUUCCUUUAUUUCAUGUGGAGGUAGAUGCUAGCUCAUCUGCAGCCGUCUCUGCUGCAGCUAUGAAAGGAGCAAUGGAAAAAGCUCUAGCACAGUUACAGAAUGCAAAAGAUUUGUGGGAGAGGAAAAAGGAAGGGGUCCAUGGACGGAUGAGACCGGAUGCAAAAAGUGAUAUGAGAGAAAAGGAAGGAAAUUUGACAAAGAUUCCAAAUAGAUUCAAGAGUUUGGCCGAUGAAAGUGUACAGAUUAUUGGGGAAAUUCAUGACAAUGGAAUGAAUUUUCCUGCUAGAGAGGAGAGGCAAAAGGAUGUGAGGGCAACUGAAGUUUGUUCAACACACUAUGGAGGAGAGGAACUUUUAACAGCUGCUGAAAAGACCGUACCAAUUAGAAGUGGGAGUAGAUUUCUUGUGUCUGACAACUAUGAUUGCUGCAGUGAAUGGAAAGAUGCCACAGGGUUUUUUAAAUUGGCCAGAGCAGAUAUAUCCAGAAAGGAAUUUGAGUCGAUGAACAAUGAUGCGGUUCCCAACAUUCUGGCUGGACAAAUUAGAGUAGAGACCAUCAAUAAAGCAUGGGAAAACGAUAAAGAUCAAGACAAGAGAGGGAAACCAUUCCAUACAUUUCAUGUUCUGAAUGAGGAGGUGAAGAAUUUGGAGAAUAUGGUUCAUGGAAAGGAGGAAGAUAAGAUAAAACUAAAACCAAAUAAAAACGAGACUAGGCAAAAAGAGCAGGUGAAAUUAAAAAUUCAUCAAGAUGUUUGUGAUCUUGACGCAAAUGAUAGGAAAUUUGGAGUUGCUCAAGAGUUUGUGGAAGUAAAAAGGCAAAUAUCUGAUGCUAGUGAACUAGAGAAACAUGAAAAACCUAUUGAGUUUAGACAACUGGACAGCGGGCUAAAAGUUGAGCAACCUAUUUCACCAAGGGAUAUUGAACAAGAAAAGAAAAAGGUUGUUAAAAGAAAGGAAAAUGGAAAUAUUCUCAAGGAACCUCUCAUUGAGAAUGAGAAAAGAGAGAUGUUCAUUGAGGCUUCUGAAAGGGAAAAGCUUGAGCAAAAAAUGAGAAUGUUCCUCGAGCAACAAGAAAAUAAGAAAAGACUGGAUCUGGUUCUUGAGGAUGACAACUUUAAGGAACAGAUGAUUCGUGGAAGACAACUGGAAGGAGUUCAUGAGAUGGAUGAUCAUGGGAAAAAGGGAAAAGAGACUGCCAAUGUUGGAGUAAGUGAGAGACCUGAAUUAGCUCAUGAGAGAGAAGAUGACGACAAAUGGCCACAAGAUUUUCCGUACACAGAAGUAUGUCAAAAAGGAGUUGAUGAUUCAUUUCAGAUUUUGAACAUCGAAGGCAUGCCAAAAGAUGCGGGUAAGUGUGAAGUGACUCAGAUGUUGGUUAAAGAAUUUCAAGAUAGUGAACAUCUGAAGGGUAUAAGCUUGGAGCAUGAUGAAUUAGAGAGAUUGGAGGACAGACACAAAGGAAACACAACAAUACGAUCUCAAGUAUAUGUGGAAAUGAAUGAUUUGGGGAUAUCUGCUGCUGCAAUAAAAAUGAACGAUGACAAAAACCACUUACCCGCGGGACUAGCAUGUUCAACGGGAAUGCAUGAAAAAUUCUCUCAUGUAGAUGAAGGUGAAGAGACGACUGCAGUCACAGUUAAUGAAACUUCGUCCGGAAGUGGUGGAGCUGAAAAUCUGGAACUUAACAAAAAUGCUUGUGUGUCGAGUGCUUGCCAGGCAGAGGUAGAACAUUAUAAAGUUCCAGUUGAAAUGGAAGAUGCAAAUAUUCAGCUUUCUUUCAAUGAAUGGACCAAAAGAACAGUCGAAGAAACAAGCUUUCAACCCAAACUUGGACAUACAGAAGCAGAACCAACUAAUUCGGAAGAUGAACUUUCAUCUGAAAAGUCAACAAGCAUGGAUGAGGGAAAGAAUGAAACUGAAGAGUGCGUUGUUAAGAUGGAAGAUAUGAAAACAUCUCUUCCUCUGGAUAAAAAUGAUGAGAAAGCAGGCCAAGCUGAUGUUUGCAUGGAAGAGUUUUUAGGGAGAAAGAAGUUUGUUAACCGAAUGGGUUCUGAUCCUGAACAUCCAGAAAGUAACUUGUUCUGUUGUCUGGAAGAUAAAGUGAAGUCCUCUGAUCAGGUUGAAGAUAAGGGACAGAAAGUGUCAGUUCAGGGGUUCAAUGUAAGGGCUGAGAAAGGAAGUGGAUUGGAGUCAAGUAGGCCAAAUAUUUCAGAAAGGACACAAAAGAGCGGGGAAUUCAUGCGUGAGAUCAAUGUAAAUCCGGCCACAGAAAGAAAGGAAAAGAUCAUAAACCAGAGCCAUACAUCUAAAGGAAAAGAAAGCGAGAGAGCGAGGAGCGAAGCAGAAUUUGAGAAUGAUAGUCUUCAAAAAUUGGAAGAAGAGAGGGAAAGGGAGAAAGAGAGAGAAAAGGAUAGAAUGCCUAUUGACAGAAUUGCUCUCGAACCACGUGAUAGAGUAGGUGCCGAAACUCGUGAAAAGGCAGAAAGGGCUGCUCUGGAGAGGAUGACUGCUGAAGCCCGACAAAGAGCAUUGACAGAGGCACGCGAAAGAUUGGAGAAGGCAUGUGCAGAGGCAAGAGAAAAUUCAUUGGCUGGAAAGGCAACUAUGGAGGCAAGGGUAAAGGCAGAGCGUGCAGCCGUAGAAAGAGCAACUGCAGAGGCCAGGGAACGAGCUGCAGAGAAAGUCAUGUCUGACAAGACUUCCUUUGGGGUGAGAGAGAGAAUGGAAAGAUCUGUUUCUGACAAAUUCUCUGCUUCUAACAUAAAUAUUGAAAUGAGACAGAAGUCUUCAUCCUCCGGUCAGCCCAGCCUUCAAUCUCAGAGUUUUGGCACUUCCAUUGCUUCAAGAUAUGCCUAUUACUCGGCUUACGAUGAGAGGAAGGAGGGUGUUGAUGGUGAAUCGCCACAAAGGUGUAAAGCCAGAUUAGAGAGGCAUCAAAGAACAGCAGAACGUGCAGCUAAAGCUCUGGCAGAAAAAAAUAUGCGUGAUCUUCUUGCACAAAGAGAGCAAGCUGAGAGAAAUAGAUUGGCUGACACAUUGGAUGCUGAUGUUAGGAGAUGGUCAAGUGGGAAGGAAGGAAAAUUGCGUGCCUUGCUUUCUACAUUGCAAUAUAUCCUGGGACCUGAUAGUGGUUGGCAGCCAAUUCCCUUAACGGAAGUUAUAACUGCCGCUGCUGUAAAGAAAGCUUACAGGAAAGCCACUCUGUGUGUUCAUCCGGACAAAUUACAACAAAGAGGUGCAAGCAUUCAGCAAAAGUAUAUAUGUGAGAAGGUCUUUGAUCUACUAAAGGAAGCUUGGAACAAAUUCAACUCCGAAGAGCGGUAGCCUGAGAUCAUAGUCCAAAUUUAUACACUUUUUGGCUACAAGCUGUGUAACUCUAGUAAUGCUGGUAAGUGCAGGCCUCAUGCUCAUCAAACGUGUAUAGUUUUUGAAUUCCACUCCUAAAGUCGAAAUUGAAUCAAUUAAAAGUGAAUGAAAUAUAGAGCCAUCUUGUUUGUAUAAUAUUGGAAAGUUCUUUGCUGUG